AUGGUAUACACAUUGGUGACUCACCAGCUGGAAAGUACUGUAAGUUUAAUUACUAAAAAUUUAAAAAAAUUUAUCGAACAUUAUGCAUAUUUACCGGAUGUAUUAUUUUAUAUCAAUAAGUCACAGGUUAAAAUAAAAACAAAAAAAUUUGUUUUUCAAACAAAUAGUGCUUCAUUAUCACAUGUUUCUCGUAAAUUUCGAUGUUAAAAACUCCAGAUUUUUGCGAUAAAUUUUUUGCACUUUUGUAAUGUUGCACUUUAUCGAUUAUUUUUCGCAUUGAUAAGUAACCUUGUUUCACAAAAGGUAUUAUAAAAUAUAGAAGAUCGAAUAUGUAGGAAAAGUAGUUGUGUUUCUGGUAUUAUGUUGUUUUGAGGCCUUGUUUUUUAGGCUGUAGGAAAAAUUAAACCUUUUUCGUUAUUUUAUGCUUUGUAAAAAAAUUUCUUACCGUUUUACGUUUUAUAAACAAACAUUUCAUUGGAAAGUUUUUUUAAAAUUUUUCACUUUUAGAAGAAGAGACAGUAAGAAGUAUUGCCACACAACUGACCGGUAAGCACACUUCGUAUUUUACUUUUGUCACUCCCCCCCCUAAUUCUGUGCUAAUCUACUUUUUCAUAUCUAAAAAUACUUCCAGAAAGCUUUUUAUGGUUUUAGCUCCAAUAUGCCUUCCCUAGCACUACCUCAAAACCCAUCCUCAGACCUACAACAACCAUCAUCAUCAUCAGAAAGUCCAUCAGUUUCGUACGAAUUCAGAAGGUUUGCGCGUAAAAUACUUCGUCGCGCAAUGAAAAUAAUCGGAAAAAAAGAAUCGCUCCAACGAAAUCCGAUUGAAUUUUUUCGACCAAAUAUUGAAGCAAAUGGCGAAUUAAAAGGUAUAAAUUGGUAAUAGAGCAGUAUUGCAUGAAAUUGGCUUUAAAGAUAAAAAAUCAUUAAAAAGAUUAAAAGCCAAAAUUAGAUCCUUAAUUUGCAGCACAUCUUGAUGAAACCCGCCGUGAUCGAUGUUUAUGUAGCGGACUUGAUGAAGCUAUAAAACUACCGUACUACUGGGGUUACAUCGAUAAACACGAAGCGAGCCAGGUAUUGGAAGACCUAGGUCAUGGCUCGUUUUUACUCCGUCAAUCAGGCCAUGUGGAUUUUAAAUUUACCGUAUCCUUUCGAUGUGCUGAUUCUACGGUACACGCCAGGAUAACGAAAUAUAAAGGACAAUAUUGUUUCAAAUUGGCUGAUUCACGACAAUUUUAUUCUACAUCAUUGGCUGAAUUCUUGGAACAUUUCAACAAAUUGGAACGAUUUUUGUUUGACGAACCCUAUUUGAGCAAGCCUGUAAAUAGAAAAAGGGUUUUUACCUUAAAGGUAAGUAACAAAUACUACAAUUGAAACAAGCCAAAAGCAUAUUUGUAAUCACAAAAGUGUUUUUUUUUCAUUUUUUCAAAUUUUUUCAAGUUUUUCAGAGAACCAAAAUAUGAUUACUUUUGGUAAUUAAACGUAUAAAUUUUUUACUUUUGCCACUUUAGGUCAAUUUUGGGGUUUAAUUUUGGUUUUUCAGGAAAUGUGUACUGCAGUAAUAGCUUCUAAAAUUACCCUAAAUACGUUAGAAAAACUGUCAUUGCCUUCGCAUAAUAUCACUGAAAUUACUCAAAUACUGGAAAGAUAA